ACAAGCCCACCGCCAAGGCUCCCCCACUCCUCUGUCCCCGCGCGCCGCAGCCGCAGCCGCUAUCCGCGAGGGGGGCAUUCCGCCGAGCACCUGCCGCGCAUGGCGAUGGCCUCGCACCACCUCGCCCAGCCGCGCGCGGCUCUCCGCUCGCGCCCGGCGGCACCCGCCCCGCUCACCGGCCACCACCACCACCAGCAGAAGCUGUCCUCCUCCCGUCUCCUGCUCCGCGGCGGCGGCGGCGCGCUGCAAAGCAGGCUGGCCCCCGCGGUGGCGACGUCCCCUGUCGCGGCCCCCGCGAUGGACCCCGUGGCCGACUGGGGGCUGACCACGCUGGAGGAGGCCGACCCGGAGGUGUACGACCUCGUGGAGCGAGAGAAGCGGCGGCAGCGCGCGGGCGUCGAGCUCAUCGCGUCGGAGAACUUCACCUCGCUCGCCGUCAUGGAGGCGCUGGGGUCGCCGCUCACCAACAAGUACUCCGAGGGGAUGCCCGGGGCGCGCUAUUACGGCGGCAACGAGGUCAUCGAUGAGGUGGAGGAGCUCUGCCGCGCCCGCGCGCUCGCCGCGUUCCACCUCGAACCCGAGGCCUGGGGCGUCAACGUGCAGCCCUACUCCGGCUCGCCGGCGAACUUUGCCGCCUACACCGGGCUGCUCCAGCCCCACGAGCGGAUUAUGGGGCUCGAUUUGCCGUCCGGCGGCCACCUCACGCACGGCUACUACACCGCCGGCGGCAAAAAGAUCUCCGCCACUUCCAUCUAUUUCGAGAGCCUACCGUACAAGGUGAGCUCCGAGACAGGAUACGUCGAUUAUGACAAGCUGGAGGAGAAGGCCAUGGAUUUCCGUCCCAAGCUCAUCAUCUGCGGCGGGAGCGCGUACCCGCGCGACUGGGACUACGCCAGUUUCAGGGCCAUUGCGGAUAAGUGCGGAGCCAUGCUGCUGUGCGACAUGGCCCACAUCAGUGGCCUCGUAGCCGCGCAGGAGGCUGCAAAUCCUUUUGAAUAUUGUGAUGUGGUCACCACCACCACUCACAAGAGUCUCCGAGGACCAAGAUCUGGUAUGAUAUUCUAUAGGAAGGGCCCGAAGCCUGCGAAAAAAGGCCAGCCUGAGGGUGCACUGUAUGACUAUGAGGAUAAGAUCAACUUUGCAGUGUUUCCAUCUCUCCAAGGGGGCCCUCACAACCACCAAAUCGCUGCGCUGGCAGUUGGUUUGAAGCAGACUAUGUCACCUGGAUUCAAGUGUUAUAUUAAACAGGUCAAGGCCAACGCUGUUGCCCUUGGUAACCAUUUGAUGAGUAAGGGCUACAAACUAGUUACUGACGGAACAGAGAACCAUCUUGUUCUAUGGGAUCUGCGUCCUCUUGGCUUGACUGGAAACAAAGUUGAGAAGGUCUGCGAUUUGUGCAGCAUUACACUGAACAAAAAUGCUGUCUUUGGGGAUAGCAGUGCAAUGUCACCUGGUGGUGUCCGCAUUGGUACACCUGCCAUGACAUCAAGGGGUUUGGUCGAAAAGGACUUUGUACAGAUCGCUGAGUACCUUCACCAGGCAGUGACCAUCUGCUUGGAUGUCCAAAAGGAGCGUGGCAAGCUUCUCAAGUACUUCAACGAAGGCCUGGAGAACAACAAGGACAUCGAGGACCUCAGGGCAGAGGUGUCGAAGUUUGCCACUUCGUUUGAAAUGCCUGGCUUCAGCGUAUCCGGCAUGAAGUACAAAGAUUAGGCAGUAAAAACUGCACAAAUCAUCCUCUGUUCACUUGCCUCAAACGAUGGCGCCCUUGAAAUGAUUGCUGUGGCGUGAACCAAGGUGUAUGGAUUUUGCUGAACUGUGGGGGUAUUUGUUGGAGCUGGUUGUGCCAUCUAGUCGACAGUCGGUAAAUGCUGGAACUGUAAUGAUGUGUGGCAUAAUAAUAAGGCAAAAUUUGCUGCAUGGCAAAAAAAA